AUGAGGGGAGGCGAUGAAGAACACGAUAUCGACAGGCUGCCCGUUGAUUUGUUGGCCCACAUCUUUUCACUCUUCACUUCUUUCAAAGACCUGGCUCAGGCAAGCAGUGUGUGCAGAAAAUGGAGGCAGGGCGUGAGAGAAUCUCUAGCUCGAAGGCAAAGUCUGAGCUUUUCUGGGUGGAAAAUGGAUGACGAGUCCACUACUCGCCUUGUUCGUCUAGCUUACAGCCUCAAGGAGCUCGACAUAUCAAGGAGUCGAUGGGGUUGCCAAAUAACCGAUCAUGGGUUGAAGCAAUUAUCUACGGCAAAAUGUAUUAGCAAUCUUUCUUCCGUUUCUAUGUGGGGAUCAACAGCAAUUACAGACAAAGGAGUCAUUGAAUUGAUUUCCAGAGCUACUUCACUACAACACUUGAAUAUUGGUGGUACAUUUAUCACAGAUGCAUCCCUUUUUGCCAUUGGUGAUAGCUGCCCUCACCUGAAGACCAUUGUUUUGUGGGGCUGUCGUCAUGUUACAGAAAUUGGGCUUCUUGCCCUUGUGAACAAAUGCCGGGAACUCAGAUCCAUCAACGUCUGGGGAAUGAGGGUACCUCUCAACUGCUUCAUUGGGCUGCUCACAAUCAGCCCAACUCUUCAAAUUCAGCCCAAAGGGAUGCUGUUAAAUGAUGAAGGUGUCCAUAUUUGGCCUGUCUACUAA